GAAUUUUUGAAAUCAGUUCGAAAGAUUCYUGUAUUCUCAAAAACGUGUUUUCUUCUACUUAAUACAUCGCUGUACAACAGUUACUAGACCAUGAGAGGAGUUUGUGUAGACACAGCAAAGACAGCCGAUAAUGGCACAGGUGCGAUCAUGAAGGAAAUGCCCAAACCAAUCCCCAAGGAUGAUGAAGCUUUGAUCAAGAUCUUGCGAGUGGGGAUUUGUAACACAGAUCUUGAGAUAUUAAAAGGGUACAUGGGUUUCACUGGUGUCAUUGGUCAUGAGUUUGUUGGAGUUGUUGAAAAAGUCUCGGCAAACAGUYAUGGCAUCAAACMAAACCAAAGGGUAGUCGGAGARAUCAACUUGGCUUGCUUAAGCUGUGAYGUAUGUGAAGACAGACAGUCAAUACUAUGCCGUAAUCACUGCCCUAAUCGCACGGUGCUAGGAAUUCUCCAUAAAGAUGGUUGCUAUGCYGAUUACAUCACGUUGCCAGUGAGAAACCUAUUACCAGUCCCUGACUCUGUCACAGAUCAGCAAGCUUGUUUCAUAGAACCUCUAGCAGCUGCAUGCCGUAUUGUUGAGCAGAAGCUAGUGCAACCCAGGCAGAGAGUAGCCAUAAUAGGCGAUGGUAAACUUGGAUUGCUUAUCACCGAAGUAUUAGCUGCACAAGACUGUUCGGAAGUUGUCUUAUUUGGUCGACAUGAAGAAAAACUAUCACUUGURCCAAAAAAUGUCACAACUCARCUUGUCCCRAAAGAUGAAACUAUGCCYGAGUUUAGUGACACUUUUGAUGUAUGUGUUGAAGCYUCUGGAAGUCCCCAGGGACUGAUUUUAGCRGGGGARAUUACACGUUCUCUGGGGACUAUAGUCCUGAARACWACCUGUGCUGUGGGCACUUCWGGUCUCAAUAUGGCACCUUUUGUUGUGAAGGAGUUGAAAAUCAUUGGUUCUCGUUGUGGGCCGUUUCAGGCUGCUAUUGAUGUGCUUAAGGGGGGUCAUGUGAAUGUUGACAAAUUGCUGACAAAGGCUUAUCCAUUCUCGCAAUGCUUUGAAGCAAUUGAACAUGCAAAGAAGAAAGGAACAUUAAAGAUUCAACUGAUUAUAGACUAGACAACAAACAAUGAAACUGAAAUUGAAUUUUUUACAGGUAAAUUUUGUUSACAAACACAAUUUUUUUAGAAAUUCCAUAAUUAAGAUAAAAUUUUAAACUGUUCAGUCUUACUCCUGAAAUAUUAUCGAUUGUGAUUUCUCGAUAAAAAGAGACAUUUGUAUAUGAUUUUAAUAUGUUAAAUAAGGAUAAAAAUGUGUUUUUUUAAGUUGAUAUCUUUAUAUGUUCCACAGAACUGGAACAACAAUAAGUGAAUAGAAUAGUGAAUGAAACGAAGAUUAUAAUGGGAACAAACAGAUAAAAUGAUAAAAACAAUUGAAUACAUGAUAAAUUAGAACAAUGCAAUUAAAGUACUCAAGAAUA